UCAAAUAUUUCUCCUCUUGUUUGAUACUGUAUUACAAUGAACGAAUUGUUUGCAAAUAUAAAAUUAAGUGAAUAUGAUUAUUUGCAGCUUUUUAACAAUGUCUGAUAAAGGUUCAUAUAGCAAAUAAAAUGAAGCAACAGUCGCAAUUCACUGACAUCUGCAAAUUAUCAGAAGCCCAUUACCAAGAUACAUUAUAUUAAAACAAUAUUAUAAUUGUACACAAUAUGACAUCACAGAUAUAUCCCCACUUUGCUUAUAAAUAGGGAUGGUCUGGCUUAUAAGUCUUCAAUACUGACCGAUAGUCUUCAAUUGAAAUCCUAAACAUGAAGUUUUUACUAGCAGUUUGUUUCAUUGCUCAAGUUUGUUUAAUAACAUCUCGGGAAGUUCCUGCUUCCAACAGCAGCAUUCCUUUAGUUGUUAUUACAUGGGAUUAUAAAGUUGCUACUGAAAAAGCAUGGGAUGUUCUAUACAAUCAAAAGAGGAGUGCUUUGGAUGCUAUAGAAGAAAGUUGCACUUACUGUGAAGACAAUAGAUGUAGAAAAACUGUAGGAUUUGGAGGUAGUCCAGAUGAAAGUGGAGAAACUACAUUGGAUGCUUUAAUCAUGGAUGGGGUCACAAUGGACGUCGGUGGAGUGGGCCUCCUAAGAAAUAUUAAAAGUGCAGCUUCUGUUGCACGUAAAGUUCUGGAGCACACCAAGCAUUCCUUGCUUGGUGGAGAGUUGGCUACAAAGUUUGCUGUAGAAAUGGGCUUCAAACAAGAGCCCUUACAAACCGAAGAAUCGAAGAAAAUGUGGCUAGACUGGAAAGCUAAUAACUGCCAACCCAACUUCUGGAAGAAUGUAGUUCCAGACCCAAGCAAGAAUUGUGGCCCAUAUCGUGCUGUAAGUUCCAUGGACUUCAAAAUGGAAGAACACCAGUCCUAUGUAGAUGAAGAAAAUCAUGACACCAUUGGAGUUGUAGCGAUAGAUUCCAAGGGUCAUAUAGCGGCUGGUACAUCGACGAAUGGUGCCAGAAACAAAAUUGCUGGUCGUAUCGGAGAUUCUCCGAUUGCAGGUGCAGGUGCAUACGCUGAUCAACAAGUUGGCGCAGCUGCUGGUACCGGUGAUGGUGACAUCAUGAUGCGCUUCUUACCUAGCUUUUUGGCUGUGGAAGAGAUGCGUCGUGGUGCUAGUCCCAAGGAAGCUGCAACAACAGCAGUUAAAAGAAUUGCUGAACAUUAUCCAACAUUUACAGGUGCAGUAAUAGCUAUAAAUAAAAACGGAAACUAUGGAGCUGCAUGUAACAGUCUUACUCCAAUCAUAAUUUUAUCAAAUAAUUAAUCAACAAAUAUUAAUUUCCUAUUGUUAAGUAUAACUGUUUAACAAUAUUAAAUGUAAGUUCUAUCUACACUUGACUUUCAGAUUUAAUAAUCCUUUCUAUUCUGUAUUUCUGUCAAAAUUUUGUUCACGUUAACUAAUUAACCUUACUCUCUAGAGAUUUAAACACAAGCAAAAAUGCCAGAAACGACGGAGGAGGACUUGGGAAUGUCCGUUCGUUUAACGAACGAUGAUUUCCGAAAACUGUUAAUGACACCAAGAGCAUCGGUUCCAUCUGCUACCCCAGCUUCUGUACCUGGUACUGUUAGAGAUGCUAGUGCAAAAACAGCACAGACACCAAACAUCAGUGGUGGCAGUAGAGCAGAGCUCAGAAGGAAAAAGAAAAGUUUUUAUGCUAAAUUGAAGAAACAGGAAGAGGAUAAGAUGGCAGAAUUAGCAGAGAAAUACAGGGACAGAGCAAGAGAACGCAGGGAUGGUACAAAUCAAGAUUAUCAGGCAGAAGAUCCAAUGAAUAGUGCCAGUGCAUACCGUGCUGUGGCACCUGAUUUGAAAUCUGGAAUGGAUGCUGCUGAACGCAGAAGACAAAUGAUUCAACAGUCAAAAUUCUUGGGUGGUGAUAUGGAACAUACUCAUUUGGUGAAAGGGUUGGAUUAUGCUCUUCUUCAGAAGGUAAGAAGCGAAAUAGAGGCAAAGGAACAUGAACAGGAACAAGAGAUGGAGAAAUUGGUGAAACCAAAGGAUAAAGUAAAAGAAAAGAAGGAGGGAGAAAAGAAGGAUGAUGAAAUGCUGUUCAAAACCAAAAUCGGACGUAACGUUUACAGAACUAUCAUGACCAUGAAGUCGAAACAAAUUGAAAGAAACGAAUUAUUCACACCAGGUCGUAUGGCUUAUGUGAUAGAGUUGGAUGACGAGAACACAGACGUAGACAUACCGACCACUUUAAUCAGAAGUAAAGCUGACGUACCAACAACGGAUAAUACUCCUACCUUAACAACCAACGAUAUUGUAAUAAACAAAUUAGCACAAAUCUUAUCAUAUUUACGACAAGGCAAUCGUCAUGGGAAGAAAGGGAAGAAGAAUAAGGAUGGACGAUCCAGACCCGACGAUAUGAAUGAUAUGGAUAUCGCUCCUAGACCUCAAGAUGAAAGCAUUUACGGUGAUAUUGGCGAUUACGUUCCUACAAUUGGCAAAAAGGAUACGAAUCAGUCUAGAGAGAAGAAGAAGGGUUCUUACUUUGACAAAUCAGAGAAUGCUCUAGACACAGAUGACAAAGCAAACACUCCCCAAUUACCAAGUAUAACACCGUCUAAUACAGAAAAUAACGCUCCUAAAAAAGGAGCGCUUCUUAAUAAAUUAGCAGCAGAGCCAGAAGGCUAUGCAGAAUGUUACCCAGGUCUGGAUGAAAUGCAGGAUGCUAUAGAUGAUUCAGACGACGAAGUGGAUUAUACCAAGAUGGAUCUUGGUAACAAGAAAGGUCCCAUUGGAAGAUGGGAUUUCGAUACUCCCGAAGAGUAUAGCGAAUAUAUGAACAAUAAAGAAGCACUGCCGAAAGCAGCAUUCCAGUAUGGAGUGAAAAUGGCUGAUGGAAGAAGAACGAGAAAGUAUAAUAAGGAAAAGAAUGAAAAAGCAGAGUUGGACAGAGAAUGGCAGAAGAUUCAGAAUAUCAUGAAUAAGAGGAAACCCACAACAGUGUUAGAUGGAGGAUCAGAAUUCAAAGUACCUAGAUAUUAAAGAAUCCAGUCGCUUG